CCGGCUGGCGGGAUCUUCUUGAAUCGGCUUGCCGCGCCAGCCGCUCACCCCGUCCAAUUGAACGCCUCGAGGUCUACUCUCGGUUUGAGUCAGUCGACUGGCGGUGGUUUUGACGUCUCCGGCAGGCUGGCCAACCUUGCGCACAAUCUGACCGGCAGUGGUUUCGCCGUGCCGGGGUCCACCAGUGUGGACGGUGUCGCGACAAUGGCAGGUGGUCAAGCCCGCUUUGUCCAACCAACAGCAGCUGCAGCUGGUGGCGGUGGGACGGAUUUCGGUUGGUGGUGA